GAUAAGGAUCGUACUACAUUAGUGGCGGUUGUAGUUAUUCCAUUUGCUUGCCUGAAAGACUAAUGUAUUGUGUUUUUACAGAAAUUGUACAGCUCGGUUGUUGCAGGCUGUAGACCUCAUGUUAAAUUCAAGAGGUUUCGUUGUUGUGGACACGAAACAACGGUGCCAUAGCUCGGCAAUUGUUGCUAACUGAGAGCAUCUUGUGGUUCAGGUUGGCGCCUUUACUGUCCCAGCACAGUUUAUGGACGAGAGGCUUCCUACACGCGGAUGAAGGCAAGAACAAUAACAACAAAGCAGUGGUGACAGACUGAAACACAGAGGAGGAGGAUGCCCCAGGAGACUCACUCAGUAGUAAGCGCUGCCCAAGGCUGGCUGCGGUCCACUUGGCAUAUCCAGGUGCCCUUCGCCUGGCUCCAAGCCUGCAUCCAGUGGCUUCAAGGAGAGGCUGGAGGAGCAGGUCAUCUGUCCCAGCAGCAGAUCAAUCAACAGGUUCUGGAUCAAUGGCUUCUGACAGAUCUGAGAGACCUGGACUACCCAAUUCUCCCUGAAGGGCUUGCUCAGGCCCAGAAGACCAAACUCACUGGUACCUUUUGUGUCCAGGUUGACUCACUGUUGGACAUCAGUCAGCCUGCGUAUGGACAGCUGCAGAAAUGGAGGGGCACAGACUGCACCAACGAUGAGGUGUCUGCUGUCACACAGAGGCCCUGGGAGGCCAAAUCUACACGUAUGCUGCUACUACAGAUAACAGAUGGGGUUCAGGGUUUGGAGGCCAUGGAGUACCAGUCCAUCCCUGCGCUCAGUGCAACACUCAGGCCCGGUGCAAAGCUGCAGCUACAAGGACAGAUGGUUUGCAGACUUGGUGUGGUGCUGUUGGGUCCAUCAAAUGUCAAGAUUUUGGGCGGUGAGGUGGAAGACUUGGUGGAGAGAAACAGUCAGGGUAAGGUUCUUUGUUGGACCCUGGGUCUUCCUGAAGAGGAGCAGCAGCAGCAAGAGGAGACAGAAGCCCCAGCACCACAACAACAAGGUAACCAAGAAAUUGAAGACCUGGAGAUAGGCGAUGAAGAGCUGAUGGCCAGUCUGGAGGAUCAAGGUGAGGUCGAAYUGCUUCAGGUUAGACCACCUCGAGACAGCGGCUAUGAGACCCUACAGGAGACCUCAGUUCAGUCUUCGAGAGACUUUUCUGCUAGAAACCUUGUCUCAUCCAGAAGUCAAGCCUCCACUUCAUCUCACAGAAGUUUUCUGACCCAAAGCAACAGAGUUGGUUCAGUCCAAGUCCGUUCCAUUGGUGGCGAACAAGACUCUGAACCUGUUGAGUUUAUGCAAUCUGAUCCAACUCAUCAAAACAGCCAUGAGGACAACCUGGCAGGGGCUGAAUUUUUCGAUGAAGACUUUGAUGAUCUUCCCCUGGAUGAGUUAGAUAGUAUUAUUUUACAAGAAAGCAAUARUGCACAGUCUAAAAGCAGUCAUGGGGACACAACAAGAAACUCCAUCACUGUGAAAGGAACAAUAAGAUCUCAAACUGCUCAGGUUAAACCACGCYCUUUAAGCGAUUCCGGGACAUUCAAAGGAUUGGGCCACUCCARAUCCACCACAGUAAAAAGAGACCAUCGAGGUCUCACCAGAGAUGCGUCGGGCCUGAUGAAAAUGGCAACAUCAAAGCCUUUUGUCUCCUCAACAGUUUCAGCGCCGUCUCAUGAAUUACAGUUUGCUAGUAAUGAGGAGYGCGAUUUUACGGAUGAGGUCAUAGACUGUUUCUUUCAAGAGGAUGAAGACGGUGCGGCAGAGCCUGAGAGAACCCGAGGAAUGACUCCGUUCCCUUCUGAAGAACAAGCUAACAAAACAGAUGUUUCAGGUUUGUUUAACAAAUCAACAAAAACCGACACGCCUCAAGGAAAACCUCACACAGCAGAACCUAACAGAGUAUCUUCACAGAGUGACAGUGACGCCCCUGCAGUCACUCUGACCUCGGCACCUUUUACGUAUUUGUGCUUGCUAGAAGGGCCGAUGCGUAAACCMCAACCCCACGCCGUUGAAAUUCAGGUCAAAGCGUUCAUCGUGACUCUCCUCGGGAAGCUGAGCAGCAGCGACGGCYUUUGGAGCGUCCGCGCGACGAUAUCCGAUGGAACCGGCUACCUGGAUGUGGAGUUAUCCGACGAGGUUUUGACGGGUCUGCUGGGCUUCUCGGUCGCAGAGAAGACGGCUCUGAAGCGCGACCCGGCCCGCAGAGGCGAGCUGGACUCCGGGAUGAAGAGGUGUCAGGAACAGCUGGUGGACAUGUGCUGCAUCAUGACCAUCGUGGUGAAACCAAACAAAGGGGGCGCCGUCGUGGCCAAGGCCGAACCCGUCAGCGACAGAGUAUUCCAGGAGCUGGGACAGAGGYUGAGACGUGAGAGAAAAUGAACUCGGAGGUAGGCAGAAAUGGGGGGAAAUUACCUGUAAUGGAAAAGUACGUUACCCUUAAGCAGAGAGGAAAACCUGCCAAUAAAAACGUGAUUAUAAUUGGCGAUCCACCUGUCCUUCUGCUUCAGUUUUGGGGAGCAGAAMGUGUGAACUGGAGGUCUGAUGAUCUUGUGUUGCCAUCUGCUACAUGUGAAUGUGCCAUUCUGCUGUUUGUCAUUAAAGGAAUUAAUUAAUGUAUUUAUUGUUUUAUUAGAUGGUUAAAACCCACUGCAUCAGUUGCAGCUUAAUAAAACUGUGGCAAAGCUGUAACAAAAUGCUGAUUUAUUAAAAACGAUGCAUUACGAACGCAUUAAAUCAGUCAACCCCGAGUUGGAAAACACACAUUCUUUGUAACACUGAAGGGUUGAGAUGAGAGCACGGAGACGGGGGUCUUCAUAUUCAGAUUGUGGUAAUGAAUUGCCAGUCUUUGCAUCCAUUCAGCACAACCACUUUUUACUGAAAAGUGAUUGAAUAGCCAAGGGCAGCGUGGGUCUUUAAUAAACUUCCCCAGAGGAGAACGAAAUGAAAGGAAGAUAAAUGAGAUGCCACAAGCUUUGAUUUUAUUUUAUUUUAUCUUCCUUUAUGGAACCUGGUUCAUGUUUUGUUUUUAAAUGUUUUAAUUUGUUUGUGGGUUAUUUUUUUAACAUUGAAUUAAAUUCUUUCAAGUUUUA